CGGAGGUUCCGCGGAGGUUCCCCGGAGGUAGCCCGGAGGGGUGUCGCCCCCCUCCCGCGGCCGCCCCGCCGCCGGGAUGAGCAGCUCGCGGAACAACCGCGUGAUGGUGGAGGGCGUCGGCGCCCGGGUGGUGCGGGGCCCCGACUGGAAGUGGGGGAAGCAGGACGGCGGCGAGGGCCAUGUGGGCACCGUGCGCAGCUUCGAGAGCCCCGAGGAGGUGGUGGUGGUGUGGGACAACGGCACCGCCGCCAACUACCGCUGCUCCGGGGCGUACGACCUCCGCAUCCUGGACAGCGCGCCCACCGGUAUCAAGCAUGAUGGGACUAUGUGUGAUACUUGUCGACAGCAACCUAUCAUUGGCAUCCGAUGGAAAUGUGCAGAAUGCACAAAUUAUGACCUGUGCACGGUUUGUUAUCAUGGGGACAAACAUCACUUGAGGCAUCGUUUUUACAGAAUUACCACACCGGGAAGUGAAAGGGUAUUGCUGGAGUCUCGCCGUAAAUCAAAGAAAAUUACAGCAAGAGGAAUCUUUGCAGGUGCCAGGGUGGUGCGAGGAGUUGACUGGCAAUGGGAAGAUCAAGACGGUGGCAAUGGCCGUAGGGGAAAGGUAACUGAAAUCCAAGAUUGGAGUGCGUCAAGUCCACAUAGUGCAGCGUACGUUCUUUGGGACAAUGGUGCUAAAAACCUUUACAGAGUUGGCUUUGAGGGCAUGUCUGACCUGAAAUGUGUCCAAGAUGCAAAAGGAGGCUCUUUCUACAGGGACCAUUGUCCUGUGUUAGGUGAGCAAAACGGCAACAGAAAUCCUGGAGGGCUGCAAAUCGGUGACCUUGUAAACAUUGACCUUGAUUUGGAAAUUGUACAGUCUUUGCAGCAUGGUCAUGGAGGAUGGACUGAUGGCAUGUUUGAAACCUUAACAACAACUGGAACAGUUUGUGGCAUUGAUGAGGAUCAUGACAUUGUAGUACAAUAUCCAAGUGGCAACAGGUGGACGUUUAAUCCAGCUGUUCUGACCAAAGCCAACGUUGUCCGAAGUGGAGAUGCUGCUCAAGGUGCAGAAGGAGGUACCUCUCAAUUUCAAGUGGGUGACCUUGUUCAAGUAUGCUAUGACUUGGAGCGAAUCAAGCUUCUUCAAAGAGGCCACGGAGAGUGGGCUGAAGCAAUGCUUCCUACUUUGGGUAAAGUUGGUCGCGUCCAGCAGAUCUAUUCAGAUAGCGACUUAAAGGUGGAGGUCUGUGGGACAUCUUGGACGUAUAAUCCAGCAGCUGUCUCAAAGGUGGCAUCAGCAGGAUCCGCUAUAAGUAAUGCAUCUGGUGAGAGAUUGUCCCAGCUAUUGAAGAAGCUAUUUGAAACCCAAGAAUCUGGAGAUCUUAAUGAAGAAUUGGUUAAAGCUGCUGCCAACGGAGAUGUUGCUAAAGUGGAAGAUCUGCUAAAGAGACCAGAUGUGGAUGUAAAUGGACAAUGUGCUGGACACACAGCCAUGCAAGCGGCUAGUCAGAAUGGCCAUGUUGACAUUUUGAAGUUGCUUCUGAAACAGAAUGUGGAUGUAGAAGCAGAGGACAAAGAUGGAGACAGGGCUGUCCAUCACGCAGCCUUUGGUGAUGAGGGUGCCGUGAUCGAGGUUUUGCACCGCGGCAGCGCAGAUUUGAAUGCUCGCAACAAACGGAGGCAAACGCCACUUCAUAUUGCUGUCAACAAAGGUCAUCUACAAGUUGUGAAGACUCUGUUGGACUUUGGCUGCCAUCCUAGUCUCCAGGAUUCUGAAGGCGACACUCCACUUCAUGACGCAAUAAGUAAGAAGCGGGAUGACAUCCUGGCUGUACUGUUAGAGGCUGGAGCAGAUGUUACCAUCACCAACAACAAUGGGUUUAACGCUCUGCACCACGCCGCGCUACGAGGAAACCCUAGUGCGAUGCGUGUAUUGCUGUCCAAAUUGCCGCGACCGUGGAUUGUUGAUGAGAAAAAAGAUGAUGGUUACACUGCCUUGCAUCUGGCAGCUCUCAAUAACCAUGUGGAAGUGGCUGAACUUCUGGUGCAUCAGGGCAAUGCUAACCUGGAUAUCCAGAACGUAAACCAGCAAACUGCUCUGCACCUUGCCGUUGAACGACAGCACACACAAAUUGUGAGGCUCUUAGUCCGUGCAGGUGCUAAGCUGGAUAUUCAGGAUAAAGAUGGGGAUACUCCCCUGCAUGAAGCCCUGAGGCACCACACCCUGUCACAGCUUCGCCAACUCCAAGACAUGCAAGAUGUGGGCAAGGUAGAUACUGCUUGGGAGCCAUCAAAGAACACAUUAAUAAUGGGACUUGGCACUCAGGGAGCAGAGAAGAAGAGUGCAGCAUCCAUUGCCUGCUUCCUGGCAGCCAACGGAGCUGACCUCAGCAUUCGUAAUAAGAAGGGGCAGUCUCCUCUCGAUCUCUGCCCUGAUCCUAGCCUCUGCAAAGCACUGGCUAAAUGCCACAAAGAAAAAGUCAGUGGUCAGGUUGGUUCCCGAAGUCCGUCUAUGAUCAACAAUGACUCUGAGACCUUAGAAGAAUGUAUGGUGUGUUCAGACAUGAAGAGAGAUACUCUGUUUGGCCCAUGUGGACAUAUUGCCACGUGUUCUCUGUGCUCACCACGGGUGAAAAAAUGCCUCAUCUGUAAAGAGCAAGUUCAGUCUAGGACAAAGAUUGAAGAAUGUGUGGUGUGUUCAGACAAAAAGGCAGCAGUGCUUUUCCAGCCUUGUGGUCAUAUGUGUGCUUGUGAGAAUUGUGCAAGCUUGAUGAAGAAAUGUGUACAAUGUCGGGCAGUGGUAGAGCGAAGAGUGCCUUUCAUAAUGUGCUGCGGAGGGAAAGGUACAGAAGAUACCACUGAUGAUAUUUCAAGUGGAAACAUUCCAGUUAUGCAGAAAGACAAAGACAACACUAAUGUUAAUGCAGAUGUACAGAAGCUGCAGCAACAGUUACAAGACAUCAAGGAACAGACCAUGUGUCCUGUCUGUUUGGACCGUCUGAAGAAUAUGAUCUUCCUCUGUGGCCAUGGAACGUGUCAACUCUGUGGAGACCGAAUGAGUGAAUGCCCUAUAUGCCGCAAGGCGAUCGAACGAAGGAUCCUUUUGUAUUAAGCAGUGGAACGAAGCAGUGAUCGUUCAUGAAUAAUAAGGACAUCUUAAUGAUUUACAUCUCUGCAAGUCUGAAAGGCAGUAAAAGGUUCUAAAGAAAACAUUUCUAGUACUGUGUAGCACAGGUUCAUUACAUGGUAAUUGUUUAAAGACUGUGAACACACCAAAUAACAGAACAGUAUUUGAACAGUCAGAUUUUAACUUUACUCUUAAAACUAAGAUCUGAGCCUGAAGCUAAUUUACAGCAGUCCUUUUUUUAGUUUUCUUUCUGUCGUUUUCUUCCCCUUAAAGUGUAAAGGGACAAUCUUGUUUUGGUUUCUUUCAUGUUUUGUUAUGUAUGUAUGAGGUGUCAAGCAAUGUACUUUUUUUUGUCCCUUUUUUAAUAUAUUGUCAGUUAUUAUUGAAUAUAAAUAUGUAGUGCUUUUUGUUUUACGCUUUUCUGGAGAACGUUCAGAUUUCCUGUGAGAGUUAUAAUUCACAAGAAUUGUUAUCUUGAAAUACACAAUAAUGCAAAAUCAGUACAAAGUGCAUAAACAGUAAUAAUAAACAUUGUACUAUUUCACUAAGAUCAGGCCUCAAAAUACAAUGUUAAGCUAAUUUGAACUUCAGUGUGCCCUUUCUGAGGAUGGGCUGGGAAGGAAACAGGA